AUCCGCCGAAUUCCACUUACACGGGGCCGUGCUGCCGCCCCCUCCAGAGGCCAAUGGCGGGCCCCCGCAGCAUCUGGACGAAUUUCGUCCGAGAUUCGCGACAACUCCUUACUCGCACUCUCUCGUUGUGCCGACCCUGGCCCCGCGAUACCCACCGCAUACACCUCUACGGUGUCAUGCGCGAUGUACAGCAAGGCCGAAGGGGGGCGUCUGGGUGAAGAGUACAUGCAUUUCGUAUUGAGGUCCAGACAUGUGGAGAGCAAAUGGCUGACUUGGUGAGGCACCGAGGCGUAAGCUGACAACGGGACUCGUUAGCCGACGGGCCAGCGCCUGAGGCUGACGCCCGUCGAGAACAACUAUAAAGACAACUAACUGCCCUCCGUGAAGUCAUGACGAACCAGCGGGCAGAUCUAUACACCAACAGUAUCCAAAAUCGUCGUCAUGGCCUCUACACUAUCGGGAACAGACAGCCUUGCCUGUCCCUUCGUCAUUCCAUCCCCCGAAGUCGCCCUCAGCGACAUCCUCCCACGGUGGACCGAAUCAAACCUAUCUCACCCCGCCAUCAUCAUCACUCCAAAGAGUGAGGAGGACAUCGUCGCCGCCAUUCGCCUCGCCAAGCAGAACGGCCUGAAUGUGGUGCCCGCCGGCGGUCGUCACGGCGCCUUCGUCGCUAUUAACUCCAAGACCGCCCUGCUGGAGCUCAAAGACUUCAAGACCAUUGACUUGGACAAGGCUAAAGAAACCGUCCGUGUUGGAGCAGGCGUGCUGACCGGGGACCUGCUCAAGCAUCUCGUCGAGGAGGGCUACUACACGACGCUCCCCAACUCCAACGCCGUGAGCAUCAUCGGCGGCAUCCUCGGAGGCGGCAACACGGCGCAAAACGGCCUGCACGGCUUUAUGGUCGACAACGUGCUCUCCUUUCGGGUCCUCACGGCGGACGGACGGACCGUCGAGGUGUCGUCCUCCUCGUCGUCGGGAGACGAGCUCGCAUUGUUCAACGCCUUGUGUGGCGUGGGCCACGGUCUCGGCGUCGUCACGGCCGCCACGAUGAGAGUCUACCCCGUUUCCUCACUGCGACUUACGGAAAACAAAGUCUGGUCGCGCCUCUUGAUGUUCCCUCCCCCGGCCCUCGACGCCGCAGUCGAUGCCUUCCUGUCCUUUGAUCAGGUCCCCGCACCGCUCACCCUCACAAUCAUGUUCGUGCGCAGUCCGCCCGGCACCCCAUCAGCGGGCUCGCCAAUCAUCCUCAUCGCGGCGACGUACUACGGCCCCGCAGAGGACGCGGAAAAGGCAGCCGCGAAGCUCUUUGACGAAGCGGUCGUGGGCAAGGCCUUCAAGGCAGACACCAUCAUGGUGCCGCUGCCGGCCAUCAACAACGGCAUGGAGCCGAACAACGCGCUCGGCGGGUUCAAGGCCAUGAACUCUGCGCGCCUCAAGCAACUGACGCCCGAGACCAUCAAGCAGAGCUUCGCCAGGUGGGUCGAAGUCACUGCCGACGCCCCCGACGCCGCCCGCACGGUAGCCCUGUUCAUCAAGUUCAGCCCAGACAAGAUGAUUGCCAAUGGGGACCUGCCGGAGCACAAGGGCAAGUUCUUCGAGGGCCGCGAUCGGAGCGCCACGGCGAUUGCCCUCCCGUGGUGCGCAUCGCCUGCGUCCAAGGUCAAGCUGGACGGGUUCGUGGAUGAGUUCCUCGAGCGCGUGCGCAAGGUGGAUGCUGUUCCUCCGAGGACAUUUGCCAACACCAUGAGGUUCGGCGCGACCCUGGAUGAGCUGCUGUCGAAGGAGAGGGUGACGGAGGUUCAGAGGAUUAAGGCCUCAUGGGACCCAGAAGAGGUGUUUUGGAGCCCGUAUUCCCAGCCUGCAAGGAGCUCUCUAUAAGGAAGUCUUGGAUGCUCUUUUCACAUCUCCUUGAUACUUGCUGCAAUUUUGUAGCAGUAGACAUACAGCCGAACGUUUGUGUCCCUGAUUCCAUUCCCACACGCUAAUCCCCUCGUAGUUGAUGCGUUAGAAUAGCAAUAUUUAAGAAACCAGC